AUGUCUCAGAGUUCUCCCUCAAAGAAAUCUUCUCCUACCUCUGAAACAACAUCAGGUUCUAGGGCACCAAAUGUUGUGAGUGAUCAAGAUGUUGUGCUGGAUGUUGUGCCAUUGAACUCUGUUCCUGCUACCGAUACUGUUCGUAAUCUACCAAGAAAGAUGCAUGUAAGAAAAUCAACUGGGGGAUCUGUUCCUGAAACCUUUUCUGUUCAAGGUAGAGAGGGUUCUACUUAUGUUCACAAUGCGAUCGCAGGUAUUGUCACCAGAAUCUUGAAUGAAGGACACAAGGUUGAUGGGAUAUCCGUUCCUCUAGCCCAGAUGUCUGCUUCUGAGAACAGCAAAGAUGAUCAAGAUGGUCAAGAUGAUGCUAGCAAAGAUCAGGGUGAUGUUGAGACAUCGGUUGAUAACAUUGAAGAGAAGAUCCCAGGUGCCAAAGAAGUUGAGACAUCUGAAGCUGUUAAUGUUGAAACAUCUGGUACUAAAGAUGCUGAAAUUCCUGAGCCUGAGAAAGCUGAAGAGGUUCCUGUUGCUAUUUCUAAAGAAACCCCUAAUGAAGGCCCUACUGUGCAUGAUGUGGUGAAUCUGGAUGACCUGGAUGAUUCUAUUGACAUUGCUGAUGAUGAACUCAUCUCUAGCAUCUCUCAUAGAGUCAAGACUCGUAAGGGCAAACAGGCUUGUGAUCAAGAUUUCUCCAAACCUCAGGUUACUCCUCAAAAGAAGGUCACUAUAAAGAAGGACAAGAAGGUCCUUGCUGAACCUUCAACCACAGGGAGCAAGGCUACUGUGAAGAAGAGGAAGGAAAGAAGUGUUUCUGUCCCAGAAGAUGAUGUCUUAAGUGAUGAAUUCAUUGUGAAUUUGUCUCAAGAUUGUGGUGAUGGAACAACUGAUGAUUUUCAUAAGGUGUAUGUUAGAAGAAAGUGUAUAGAUUUUUCCCCUGCUGUUAUCAACCUAUAUCUAGGUAGAGAUGCUGAGGCUCAACCUGAGCUUGAAGUGACUGAUAAUGAGGUUUGCAAGGUAAUCACUGGUGAUAAGGUUAAGAAGUGGCCCAUAAAGAGCAAACUGUCUGCUAGUUCUCUUAAUGUCAGGUAUGCAUUGCUGCACAAAAUUGGUGCUGCUAACUGGGUGCCUACCAAUCACACUUCCACCAUUGCUGUUGGCCUAGGAAGAUUCAUAUAUGCUGUGGGAACCAAGACAAAAUUUGACUAUGGGACCUACAUAUUUGAUCAAACUAUGAGGCAUGUUGGUACCUCUGCUACUAAGCUUCCCAUUGCUUUCCCAUCUCUGAUAUGUGGAAUAAUCCUCAAGCAACACCCUGGAAUUCUGAAAAGUAAAGAUUUUGUAUGUAAGAGGGAGAGUGCUUUGUCUUUUCACUACAAGCUGCUGCAGAGGUCUGAUGACAAGACAUCUGCUGGGACAUCACAACCCAGCAAAUCUGUGAACAAAGCUCUUCUUAUUGCUGAGCUAAAAGAGACUUGUCAAGAGUUGGACAACAGGAAGCUGAAACUUGAAAAUCUCAUCCACAGUCUUGAGCAGUCUACAGAUGAUGAUCUUGCUGGUGAAAAGGGUGGUGACAAUAUGGAUGAAGACAAAGAGGCUGAGGAAGAAGCUGAGGAUGCUGAGGCUGAGGGUGCUGAGAGUGGGAGUAGUGAUGCUGCUGAAUGGACUAGUAGCUCAAGUGAUGACAAUCCUGGUGGCUCUAGUGAUGAAGACAGUGAUGGGUCUAAUGAUUAG